CUUAUUUUGGGUUCUGCUCAUUCUGCUCGCUUCCUCCUCUCCUCGCAACGCAACACUUUGAUGCUAUGCUGCUUCAAUCUCCACCCCCUUAACAAAGAUACAAUCUUUUCAUAAUCAUCGUCACAACCCAUUUCAUGAUCUGGGGGGCUUCGUCUGGGGAGAGAGAAAAAAUUGAAUUUUGAUACAUUCCCAGGGUUUAAAAUGUUGCUUCUUUGAAGGGGGUUUCAUGGGUUGAACUCGGAGAAUCAUGGGUAGCUUCAGCGAGGACGAGGAAUGUCGGUUUUUCGAUGCACAAGAGGAUGUUGUUGUGUCCAUUGCGGACGAAGGGGUGUCCAAGGGUUUUGAUUAUGAAUUGUGGGUUCGGAGUCCAAUGAGUGUGAGAGAGCGCAGGAACACGUUUAGGAAGAGGAUGGGACUGGGUGUGGACUUGGUUGCCCUUGCAAAUGAAAAUUGUAGUGUUGAGUGUGAAGAGGUGAUGGAUAGAGUCAAAGUUGUAGAGGAGGAAUUCUGUUCAACCCGGUCAUCAAUGUAUAGUUGUCACAGUGAGAGAUUUUCAGAGGGGUUUGGUUUAGUGGAUAACUCGCCUUGUCAAGAUGGGAAUUUGGAGGGUAAUGUGGAUCAGGAGGGGCUGCAGUGUAGGGAGAUGAGUGAUGGAAGAGAUCUAGACUCAGAUCGCUUGGUGGAUGAGCAGAAAUCUAAGGAUUUGGAGAAUGUAUUUAGGCAAACGGAUGCUAAUGCUCCUUCCCGGAGGACGAGUAGGGAUUUAAAGGGCUGGUUGAGGAGAUUGCGGUCGAUAACAUGCAUGGUUGAUAGGGAAGAGGGAGGUGAUAAUGAGGGAGAAGGUCUUGGUGAAAUGUCAGGGUGUAGGCUUCGGAAAGUUAAGGUUCGCCAGUCCAAGAAGCACAUGAAGGAACUUUCAGCUCUUUACAUGAGGCAAGAUAUCCAAGCGCAUGAAGGUUCAAUUUUGACCAUGAAAUUUAGUCCUGACGGGCAGUAUCUUGCUAGUGGUGGUGAGGAUGGGGUUGUGCGCUUGUGGCAAGUGGUUGAGGAGGAUAGAUGUAAUGAAGUUGACAUUCCAGAAAUUGAUCCAUCUUGCAUUUACUUUACUGUGAAUAACCUCUCUGAAUUGACACCGCUGUUUAUGGAUAAAGAAAAAUUAAGCAAACUGAAGAGCCUGAAAAAAACAUCAGAUUCGGCUUGCAUUGUUUUUCCUCCCAAGAUCUUCCGGUUGGUGGAGAAACCAUUGCAAGAAUUUCGUGGGCAUAGGGGAGAGGUUUUGGAUCUCUCUUGGUCAAAUAAUAAUUAUCUUCUGUCAUCUUCAGUUGACAAAACUGUCCGUCUGUGGCACGUGAAUCAUGACCAUUGCUUGAAAGUCUUCUCACACAGUAAUUAUGUGACAUGCAUACAAUUCAAUCCCGUGGAUGAUGAUUAUUUCAUUAGUGGAUCUAUAGAUGGAAAAGUGCGCAUCUGGUCAAUUCCCGAUUGUCAUGUUGUUGAUUGGAUAGAUAUCAAAGAUAUAGUGACUGCAGUAUGCUAUCGGCCUGAUGGGGAGGGAGGGAUUAUUGGCUCCUUGGCAGGCAAUUGUCGGUUUUAUAAUGUAUCAGAGAAUCGCUUGCAAGUAGAUUCCCAACUAUGCUUAAUUGGUAAGAAGAAAGUUCCUGGCAGAGGGAUUACUGGGUUUCAGUUUCAUCCACAAGAUUCUAAGAAAGUUAUGGUCUCCUGUGCUGAUUCACAAGUCAGAAUCCUUGAUGGGCCUAUUGUAAUUGGCAAGUACAAAAGCCUUGGCACUGGGAGCCCAAUGUGUGCAUCAUUUACUUCUGAUGGGAAACAUAUUAUAUCAGCAUGUGAGGAUUCUAACGUAUACCUAUGGAAUGUCAGUCAAGAGGAGUCCAAUCCCAUAAAAACUAAGAAGAUUAUGUCUUGUGAGCGGUUUUUCUCAAAUGCAUCUGUUGCAGUACCUUGGCAAGGCUUGAAAUCUCAAAAUAUUGAAAACGAACGUCAAUUGGAUGUCUUGAAUAAAGGCUCAUCACAAGUUAUGCAUAUCAAUCCACCUGCUUCAUUCUCUCUGAGCCAAGAAUUUUUCUUGGAGUCUUUUCCCAAAGGAUCUGCAACUUGGCCUGAGGAGAACCUUCCUGUUUCAAGCUCCAAGCCUAAAACAUCAAUGAUUCAAAAAUCCGAUUACAAAUUCUUGAAAUCUUCUUGCAAGAGUACCGCCACUGGUCACGCGUGGGGUAUGGUCAUUGUCACUGCUGGUUGGGAUGGUAGAAUAAAAUCAUUCCAUAAUUAUGGGUUACCUAUACCCACUUGAAAUGAAGUGACUUUUCCUAGGUUGGAGAGUUGAGUCAAGAUUCAUUACUUUUCUUGGACAUAUUGUCCUUGGAAAAUUUUAUGCUGCCAAUAGUCACGGUGAUUCAAGAGUGAUGUUGAAUUUGGCAGCAUCGGUAACAAGGCAGGUUGAGGUAAAAACCUCGAGCAGGAUUUGCAGUUUCGAUGAGUUGUGAACCGGUGAAUUUUGGAGGGGUCCCCUCUCAGAUUUCAGGGGAUUUAUAUUACUCAUUGGUUCAUGACAAGUGGUGGCACUGUUGUGGUUCCAAUGUAACCCUGCUGGAAAUUAGCAAGUGGCCAAGUUUUAGCUUGUCUUUGCACCCAGUCGAAAUUGCCUUUUGCUACACAAGAAUCUGCUGGCCCCUAAAAGAGAUGCAAAGUCAUGUGUUAGAACUUGGGAGGGGUCCUAUGAGAUAUUAUUUUGAUAUGUUGUGGGGCUAUUAUUUUGCCAAGAUGAGAGGAGGAGAUUCAAGAGCUAGUGGCUCAAGUUCUCACUAUGAUCAAAAUGCUGGGCGUGUUGAUGUUCUUAUUAUUGGCAGGACUAACUAAAUGAAUCUCUUUGUCUGCCAAUCUUCCCGUCCAUCUCAUGGUAGGGCCUCUUGUGCCUGCUGUUAAUACUUGCAAGUGUGGUGAGGAUGUGUGUGCCGGUCAUUUCUGCUUCAGUAGCUGCUUUUAGCUGCAAUCAUACAAACAGUACCAACAACCAUGUUUAGUGGUUUCAAGUCUACUUGAUUGUCAGAGUCUUUGGCAACUGAUGCAGUGCUGACAACUAUUAUUACUAACAGACAUUCUGAAUAUGGUCUCAAUUUUAGGCUAACAUCACUUAUUUUAUAUUUUUUUUUAGUUACAAGUAUCUUAUCCUUUGAAAUUUGACGCAAUACUACCUCCAUUGUUGUUGGCAGAUAUGUAAAUUUGUAACUUGUGUAAGUAAAAUUUUGUUGUGGUCGGUGGAAAUACAGUUAAACAGGAGUUCUUUGUAUGAUGGCUCUUUGAUACCCCCUUUAUAGUGUGUUUGGAAGUGCGUUUAUACUUGUUAAGCAAUUGUAAAGCAAUGAUCUUCUGCAAACUACCA